GGGGUUUACCUGGGCAACCAGCGCUACAUGGCCGCCAUCAUCCUGAGCGAGGAGCAGUGUCAGGAGCAGCUCAAGAACAACAACAAGACAUGUGACGCCUCCCUGCAGGUGCUGGUGCAGAAGGGCCGCGCCCUGGAGGCGCAGCUGGCGCAGGAGAAGGAGGCGUGCGGGCGGGACAAGGCGGCGGGCGCGCAGGGGCAGCGCACGGCCGAGGCGCAGGUGCUGGAGUGCGUGCGGGUGCGGGAGCAGCUGCGGGCGGAGCAGCAGCGGGCGCGGGAGCAGCUGGCGCAGGUGCAGGCGCUGUGCGCGCCGCUGGAGCGGGAGCCGCUGGCCGGGCAGCUGCGGACCCUGUGGGCGGACGCGCUGCGGCCCCGCGCGCUCGACUCGCUGGUGCUGGGCGGCUUCCACCCGCUGGCCGGGGACGCGGGCGCGCUGCGGCGCCUGUGCGAGCAGGUGCCCGACACGCUGCUGGCCAAGGCGGACGAGCUGGCGCGGGGGCUGCGCGGUGGCAUCGAGCGCGUGGCGCGGGAGAACGCGGAGCUGCGGCGGCUGCGGGCCGAGGCGGAGGCGGCGCUGGCGGCGGCGCGGGAGGCGGCCGAGCGGGCGGCGCGGGAGGCGCGGGAGCGGGAGGCGCAGGUCCGCGGGGAGUGCGCGCAGCAGACGCGCCUGGCGCUGGAGGAGAAGGCGGCGCUGCGGCGGGAGCGGGACGCGCUGGAGCGGGAGCUGGGCGAGCGGCGGCGGGAGCUGGAGCAGGCGCGGGUGCAGGUGGCGGUCAGCGGCUCGGCGCUGGACACCUGCAUCAAGACCAAGACGCAGAUGAUACCGGGGCUGCCCAUGAGACCCAUGAGUCCCGUCGCCAACCCCCCGCCCAUCGACCAAGCCAGCCUGGAGGAAUUCAAGCGCAGGGUCCUGGAGUCCCAGAAGCCCCCCGGCAGCAAUGGCCUAGCCCCCGCCAGUGGCUGAAGAAGCAGCUGCCCCCCGAGACGCAGGGGUCCCCCAGACGGGCUGGUGGUCGGACGCAGAGCUGGAACCUCCUCGGCACGGGCCCCCCACGUCAUUCUCACGGAGCCUUCACACCCCCGCCACAGCCCCACACCGGCGCCAUCGGAGUCACCCUGCCACCGUGGGCCGAUGGUCCCCGAGUCGGGGGCUGUCUCCCCGCAGGCACACACCCCCACACCCAACACCCCUCACCUCCUGCUCCUUGUCCCCCCACCCCCUUCUACGUCACCCAGACCUUCUGGCCUGUCCCCGCAGGCCCCCCACAUACAGCUGACACCCCAGAAAUAUUAACAACACUGAAUAAAUUUCAGCAUGUUCCUGCAAA